GUGGAAUUAGUGAAGGUGCACAUAAAUUGACCUGAAUAAAAAAAAAAAUAGAUGGAACCAUAAUCCUAAUGCAGGAUUCUUGUUUUUGUUUUCGGAAAGUAUUUGUUGCCACUCAAAACAAGAAAAAUUUAAAGUAAAUGGCGACGAGGAGCAACUUCUACAAGAAUCCUUCCUAUGCUUACAACAAAGACUUCAAUCUCAACUCUGCUCUUCGAAAUCUUCAAGCUUAUAAUGUUGUUACCGGUAACAUUCCUCCUCCGGUCGAGCCAAAUUCCGUCGAGGAGAAAACCGUCCACCGGAAACUUCGCCGGGAACGGAAAUCUAAGGUGCACCAGAGCAAUGAAGUCGAAGAUAAUGACGUCCCUCUGUCUCACUUGGAUUAUAUUAGAAAAAGGAAGGAGGCUAGUUCAAGUCAGCCUUAUCAAGAAUUGACUGCAGAAGUGUUGGAACCUUCACAUUCAGCAUUGCAUUUGGUGGAGUAUGAGAGUGAUGCAAGCUCUUCUUCAGAAUGUGAAAAGGGGUUCAAUCCUUCUUCCAACACUGACAUUUUAGCGGUUACAGGUAGUGGAAAUGAAACAGAUAGAGUUAAAACUCGCAGCGAGCAGCGAUUUCCUCUUCCAGGAGAACCUGCUUGUGUGGUAUGUGGGAAGUAUGGGGAGUAUAUAUGUGAUGAGACUGAUGAGGACAUAUGCAGUAUGGGUUGCAAAAUUGACCACCUGCAAAAUCUUAAACUCCAGCAGGGGCCCUUAACUAGCCAAGUCCAAGCUGAGUCUUUUUCUGGACAAAAGUGCAAACUGGAAGUUCCUGAAUCUGGAGGUGACACCUGGGAUUAUGACCGUCAUCGGUGGUCCAUGAAGAGAUCUGCUUUUUGUACUUAUGAGUGUUGGAAAUGUCAGAGGCCAGGUCAUCUUUCUGAAGAUUGUUUGGUCACAGCAUCAAAAAGUCGACGCCUUUCCUGUGGUCAAGCUGGUGAAUCCAGCGAUCAGGUGGAAGUGGCUCAAAGUAAAUCCAUUAUACCCAAAGAGCUUCUGCCACUGUAUAAAAGGUGCCAGCAAAUUGGAAAAAGCGCAUUGGACGCUAACUGUAAUACCUGCCGCAGGUCAACUACUUUAGCCAUGUGUCUUGAUUGUAGUAAUACCUUUUGUGACAGUGCAGGUCACCUGAGAGAACAUAUCACUGGACAUCCCUCUCACAGACAAUAUUACUCCUACAAGCUCAAGCGCUUGGUAAAAUGCUGCAAAUCUACGUGCAAAGUGAGAGACAUCAAGGAUCUUUUAGCUUGUCACUAUUGUUUUGAUAAGGCUUUCGACAAGUUCUACGACACGUAUUCUGCAACUUGGAAAGCAGCUGGACUUUCAAUUAUCUGCAAUUCCAUUUGCUGUGAGGAUCACUUUGAAUGGCACAGGAUAAAUUGCUUGAGUGCGGGUGUAGAAGACAGUGCCUACAUUGUACAGAAACAUCCUGCAAGUAAGAACUAUGUAUUGAGCAACUUCAUCUUCUGAAGAGUUGAUGCGAGAUGAUGUUUCCUUCGCGGAGCAGUAUAAGUUGGUGCUGAAGUUGCUAUGCCAUUUUUCGCCGUCACAGUUUAAUGUUUGUUGAUGUUCGAUAAACGAGUUAACUCUCUCACAAUACCAAAUUCAGACGCAAAAGAGCAUUCUGGGUAAGCGCAGCUGGAAAAAGAAGUUGUCCUUAUCAAUUGCAAGGCAACAUUUCUGAAAUUUUGUUGUAUGCUGAGGUGCCGGUGACCAUUGAAGAUAUGAGUUCCUUGAAUUGCCAUCUCGUUCACUUCCGUGCUUCAUAUGUUAUAAAUUCACUAUAGAAUUAAUUUAUAUAUACAGACAUUAUAAAAUGUUUUAACGCUGAUAAUGUAUUUUAACCUUUUAUGGUAUGUAACAUGCUUUAUUUGUCAAA